AAUUAAUUAAUUGGAUUAUCCAGCAUCUUCCGCAUCAUUAUCGUCAUCUCUUGACCAUGAGCGUCCGGAAAGAAAUUGGCCUGAUUGGGCGAUGAUUCCUGAUCUCAAUGGAACAUUGCAUCUUGUGAACAUCAAAGCUCAACUGGCAGAUCUAGAAGCAAUUUCAGACGCCGCAAGAGUAGAAGACAUGGUUGAGUUCAGACUGUUCACACACAGUGUCAGUGAUUACAUAGUGGAGCAGAACAGUCAGGAUUCUUUGGCUACUUCCAGCUUCAAUUCCAAAUAUCCCACUUGCUUCAUAAUCCACGGAUGGCACGGAAGUGAGAACUCCAGUUUGAACUUGCACAUCCGAAAGGCGCUUCUCUCGCGGAGGCAUUACAAUGUUUUCGUGGUAAACUGGAGGGAAACAGCUGCCGCAGACUACAUCUCAGCCAGCUACAGCGUUCAUCCCGUUGGCGAUGCAGUGGGACAAUUCAUAAUCUUCCUGAAGAAACACACUGCAAUGGCUCUGGAAAGCGUCACUGUGAUUGGACACAGUUUGGGCGCGCAUGUGGCCGGAUUCGCGGGAAAGAGCGCCAAAGCAGGUGGAAAAAUCGGAGUUAUUGUGGGAUUAGAUCCGGCUUUUCCAUUAUUUUCUCAUGCUAAACCAGAAAACAGACUUAAUACCAGUGACGCCAUCUAUGUAGAGACAAUUCACACAAAUGCAGGACUUCUUGGCUAUAAACUUCCACUUGGUCAUGCAAGUUUUUUCCCCAAUUAUGGCACUUCACAGCCCGGAUGCGGAAAAGGCUUAAAUGAAGCCUGUGCUCACAGUCGAGCACAUGAGUUGUAUGCAGAAUCCAUCACAACAAAGCACGGAUUUUGGGCGCGAAGGUGUAAAAGUUACAACGAUAUCAGUGUUAAAAAGUGUGAGAAAUCCGGAGCUGAUGCUACAAUGGGUGGUGAACCAACAAUAAAGAAUAUUCAAGGAGUGUAUUGGCUGGAAACAGGCGAUGAUUCGCCAUAUGCUAAAGGUCCAAUGUUGGAUAAAUAAAAAUGUAUUACGCUAUUACGUUUAAUUUGUCCAUAAACAGAAUGAUUGAUUGUAGGAAAUUAUAGGAGAAAGAAGUCUUUCUUUAUUAAAA